ACAGACUCUCUUCCUCUAAAUUCUCUCUCCUCUCAGACCACCGCUCACAAAUUUCAUAUUCCGAAGAAUCUCUCUUUCAGCCUCCGAAAAUUACCAAAAAGCCCUCCCACCUUCUUCAAGCUAUGGCUCACAACUGCUCGGCCUAACCGUCGCCGAUCACCUUCCUUGCUCUGCUCAGCUCAGCUCAGCUCCUCUCAGCUCGUCUCUGUUUCUUCAGCUGAAUUUCCGUCUCUUCCUCCGCUGAAACCUUUUUUUUCCGGCUGAAUUUCGAGAAUUCUGCGGUAUCGGAAAGUGGAGGCUGUGCCGGUGAAGCGCUAGGGUUAGGGUUAGGGUUCCGUUUCUGCUUCUGCUUCUUGAGGAGGUUUCUCUUCAGCUGUGAAGAGUGAUUGAAGAUUAACUUGACUGGGAGCACUGUUUGUGACAGUUAAUUCCAGGACAUCGGAGAAUAUGGGGCAGGAUGUAGUUAAGAAGUUAAAGGUGAUCAAUGGGAAUGCAGUACCAGUUGGAUAUGGGAGUCCCAACAGUGAUGCAGGGCACGUAGUCCUUGGAUCAUCAAGGAGGUGCAGUUUUCAAGCUCAGGAAAAGCUUUGCAGACCAUUUGUCAAUUUGGGCCAAGAUGUAACAAAUAGAUUAAAGUUCAAGUUAAAGCGAAUGGAAAUGCGAGCACUGGGAUAUGAGUAUCCCAAGGAUGAUGCUAGGCAGGUAGUCCUUGAUGCAUCAAAGAGUUAUCAUCAAGCACCGGAAAAGCAUGCCAAAAUAUUGGACAGUACCGGCCAAGAUGGACAUGCAGUACCAGUUAGAUCGGACAGUUCCAAGGGUGAUGCUACACACCCAGUCCUUAGAGCAUCAAAGAGACGCAGUUUUCUCCAAGCUCGGGAAAAGCAUGCCAAAAUGUUGGACAGUACGGACCACAAUGGGUGUGCAGUACCAGUUGGAUUGGAUAGUCGCAAGGGUCAUGCUAGGCACCUGGUACUUGAACCAUCAAAGAGUUUUCUUCAAGCACAAGAAAAUCGUUCGAAAACAUUGGGCAAUAUGGGCCAAGAUGUAACUAACAAAUCAAAAGGAUUAGAAGGGGGUGCAGUAUCAUUUGGAUGUGACAGUCCCAAUGAUGAUGCAAGGCACCUACUCCUUGAGGCAUCAAAGAGCUUUCUUGAAGCACAUGAAAAGCUUUCUGAAAAAUUGGACAAUAUGGGUCAAGAUCUAACAAAGAAGUUAAAGUUCAAGUUAAAGUUGAAAAAGGGAUUGCAUGGGCGUGCAGUACCGGCAUUAGAUGAUGGUCUCAAGGGUGCUACUGGGAACCUAGGCCUUGAGGCAUCUAAGAGUGUUGGUGAUCUGGUUGAUGGAGGUUGCAAUACUGAAGUACACCAGCACACUAAGAUGGAGGCCAAGUCGAUCAAGCCGAGACUUGUACGGAUAUCUGUCACGGACGGUGAUGCAACAGAGUCCUCCAGCGAUGAAGAGGCUGAGCCCUUGGCCACUGGUCACCGAGUCAAGAAGUUCAUCAAUGAGAUUAUGAUUGAGUCCUCCACAAAAACUGAUAGUGGUGUUUGGAGGAGCAGGACAACAAGGAUGUGGCGGAAGAAAAUGGGCGGAAAAUCUGGCCUUCCAGCUACUUGCCGAAUGUUGAAGGCGCAGACAACCUGGAAGAAGUUCUGUGGUGUGAAGGAAAAGGCACACAAGAACAAGUUCCUAGGAGUGAGGCAGAGGCCCUGGGGAAAAUGGGCAGCCGAAAUUAGAGAGCCUCAUAGUGGAAGACGGCUCUGGUUGGGUACAUUUGAUACGGCUGAGGAUGCAGCUAUGGUGUACGACAAAGCAGCCGUUCUGCUGCGUGGACCUGACACUUACACCAACUUCAGUUUGCCUCAGGUUGCAAAUGAAGAGGGCCAUUUGUAAUUGGAGGAGGUUCUGUCAAGACGAGUCAGAAUCAUGACAACGAUUUGUCUACAGUUAAGUAUACACUGUGCAGCCAAAUGGACACAGUUGGGACCGGAAAAUCAACAGUGAAAGUAGGCAGACCAAAGACUUCAUUGUACUUGUAUGUUCAGUCAUUUGAUGAAUCCUUUUUAACAAGUUUAGAUUUUAGAGUAGUGAUGUCAGAUCUCAAACUUUUAUUGAAAAGUACAUAAAUGAAUAUACCUGAAAAAUA